GCCUACUACAAGGACUGGCAGCAGAAGUACGAGAAGUUGACGGAUAUGAUAGUCCCGCGAUCGUCGACACAGAUCUUCGAGGACAACGAUCACGGAUUGUUCACCAUCACUCUGUUCAACAAAGUGGUCGAUGAGUUCAAAGCGCACGCCCGCGAGAAUCGGUUUGUGGUGCGAGAGUUCGCGUACAACGAGGAGGACAUCAACGCCGGGAAGAACGAGAUCGUCAAACUCGAGAACGACAUGAAACGGCAGUACCAGAUACUCCUGCGAUGGCUGAAAGUCAACUUCAGUGAGGCCUUCAUCGCCUGGAUUCACGUGAAAGCGUUGCGGCUGUUCGUCGAGUCCGUCCUCCGGUACGGACUUCCCGUCAAUUUCCUGUCGGUUUUGAUUCACCCGAAUAAGCGAACGCAGCGUAAGCUAAGGGAUGUGCUGAACCAACUGUAUGCCCAUUUGGACACAUCUAUAUCUCAAGGACCCAUUGAUGACAUUCCAGGUCUCAAUCUCGGCACCGGAGAGUACUAUCCAUACGUUUACUUUAAA